AUGUCGACAUCUUCGAACGGCCGAAUCGCUACCAACCCAUCCACCAAGGUGGACUGGGACAAGCUCGGAUUCAAGGAGCGCGAUGUCAACGGUCUGGUGCGCGUCACCUACAAGGAUGGCAAAUGGGGCUCACUCGAAAUCUCCAAGGACAGCCACCUGAAUGUGCAUGCAGCUGCGCCCUGUCUCAACUACGGACAGCAGGCAUUCGAGGGCAUCAAGGCGUUCCGAAGCUCCACCGGCUCGGUGCGAGUGUUCCGACCUCAGGAGAACUGGCGUCGAAUGAACCUGAGUGCUCGAAUGGCAUCCAUGCCUGAGCUGCCGCAGGAGCUUUUCUUGGAAGCCAUCAAGGUGGCCGUCGCGCUCAACCUCGAAUAUGUUCCUCCUUACAAGAAGAAUGCUUCGGGAGGUGCGCUCUACAUCCGACCUCUUUUGCUCGCUACUGGACCCAUGCUUCUGCUGGGCAGCCCAGACGAGUUCACGUUCUUGGUGUGGGUGACACCCGUGGGCUCGCUGUAUGGCAGCGGUGCCGAGAUUCCUGCCGUGGACGGAUUUGUGCUCGACACAUUCGACCGGACCGCUCCCAUGGGUACGGGUCACACCAAGCUUGGUGGCAACUACGCGCCUGUGUUUGGUCCCACGGCUGCAGCCAAGAAGCAGGGCUACCCUAUCACGCUUCAUCUCGACUCGGCUUCUCACACGUACGUCGACGAGUUCUCCACUUCGAACGCGCUCGGCGUGCAAAAGGAGGGUGAUCAGAUCACACUUGUGGUUCCUGACAGCACGUCGAUUCUUCGAUCGGUGACCAAGCUCAGCGUGCUCGAUAUCGCGGAAAAGCUGUGCGGCUGGAAGGUGGACCUGCGCCAGGUAGCAUUUGAGGAGCUCAAGCAGAACAAGUUUGCCGAGUUCAUGGCGGCAGGUACCGCCGCGGGCAUCACACCGGUGCGAUCCAUGUCUUACAACUCGCACAAGCCCGAGCUCAAGCACGAAAAGCUCUCAGCUGAGGGCCCCAAGUACACGUUCCCUUCGGACAACAAGGUGGUCCGCAUCGACUUUGGAGACGGCAAGACUGCGGGUGAAUGUGCCCAGAGGUUGUUCGACGAGUUGACUUCUUACCAGUGCGGCGACCAGCCAGACAAGUUUGGGUGGCUCUGGCCAGAGGAGGGGAUCGUUGCCGAGGAUGCUAACCUCGAUCGUUAA